AUGAAGGUUUAUGGAUUAUGGCAACUAUUUUGUACUUUGGAGCUUCCUCUGAUACCAAUUUUGGCAGUGAUGGAGAGCCACAGCAUUCGGGUGAACAGAGGAGAGAUGGAGAGGACUUCAGCCCUUCUGGGGUCUCGUCUCAAGGAACUGGAGCAAGAAGCCCAUUUUGUUGCAGGAGAGCGGUUUCAUAUAACAAGUAAUAAUCAGCUUCGAGAGAUCCUCUUCGGCAAGCUAAAACUGCACCUGCGGAGUCCCAGGGAGACUCUUCCUAGAACAGGGCUGCAGAAACUCCCAUCCACGUCAGAAGCUGUGAAUAUCCAAGGUAUCUCCAGGCACCCAAUUCAGAUUACUAAACCACAGGAUUUUAAAGGUCUAGAAGGCACAGUGCUCACCAUCUCCCCGAGGAGCAUGUUCGUUGCCUCCGAUGGCCACACCUUCCUGGCAGCAGACUUUUCACAGAUUGAAUUGCGCAUUCUUACACACUUAUCUGGGGAUCCAGAACUUUUGAAGUUAUUCCGGGAAUCUGAAAGAGAUGAUGUAUUUUCCACCCUGACUUCACAGUGGAAGGACAUUCCCCCAGAGCGAGUGACGCAUGCAGACAGAGAGCAGACCAAGAAGGUGGUGUACUCAGCGGUCUAUGGAGCAGGGAAGGAGCGACUUGCUGCUUGCCUUGGAGUUACUGUGCAAGAGGCUGCCCUGUUCUUGGAGACUUUUUUGCAGAAGUACAAGAAAAUCAAGGACUUUGUCCAAACAACCAUUGCCCAGUGCCGCCAGACAGGCUACGUGGCAUCCAUCAUGGGGAGAAGGAGACUGCUGCCGAGGGUCCACGCACAAGACCAGCAGCUGCGGGCACAAGCUGAGAGGCAGGCCGUGAACUUCGCGGUGCAAGGCUCAGCUGCAGACCUCUGUAAGAUGGCCAUGAUCCGUGUCUUCACCGCCGUGGCUGCUUCCCCUACCUUGACAGCCAGGCUGGUCGCCCAGCUUCACGACGAAUUGCUGUUUGAGGUGGAAGAGCCACAGGUUCCUGAGUUUGCAGCUCUAGUCAGGGGGACCAUGGAGGCCCUGCAGGACGUGCCGGCCUUGCAGCUGCAGGUGCCCCUGAAGGUGAGCCUGAGUGCUGGCCAGUCAUGGGGCCACCUGGUGCCGCUGCAGGAGGGCACCGGGCCCUCAGCCCAGCCCACGUCCUGCUGA